GAUAUAGUCACGUGACAAGUUUUACAUCAUUUGAUUGGUCGAUCAAUUAAAAAUCAAUUAAGAGUUGUUUCAAACUUGUUGAAACUCUUUGAAAACUUAUAUGAUAUGUAUUUUAUAAUUUGCAAUACAUGAUUAGUGACGAUCAUCGCUUUUAAGAAAAAAGAUUAAAAAAUCUAAGUCAAAACUAGGUCACUGCUCAUGCGCAAUUGCGUAAACAAAAAUGUAAAAAUAAAAACAUUCUAAGAUUAGUGUUUCUAUAGACUAGUCAAUUUGACACCUUAUAGUAAAAUUCUUGAACGAUAUUGGUAAGAAAGCAUGAUCUGAUUGACCAAGAUGGCAAGUGGUUUUAUUGGUAAGAAGGGAAAAAAUAAAGAUAAAAAAGAAUGGGCAAAUAGUGGCAGUUUCAUGAACAAGCCUGUGAGGGGAUGGCUACACCCUGACGAACAACUUGCUUCUGAGGCAGGAGUAUGUUAUGGCGUAAGGUAUGUUGGUUGUCUGGAGGUGAAGGAAUCUAUGAGAACACUUGACUUUGACACAAGGACAGCUGUUGCAAAAGAAUCCAUAAGCAGAGUGUGUGAUGCCGCAGGUCUUAAAACAGCUACUAAAAAGAAAAAGGAUAAGAAGGUUUCAAAGCUUCUUGGUAACCAGCCAAUCAUGCAGAAUGCUGGCUUCAAUAUAAAUCUGACAAUCACCAUAGAAAGUCUUUCUCUCAUGAUUAUGGAAUCAGCAGAGCUGAUUGCUGAGCAUGUGAUGCCAGGGAUAUCGUUUGCUUCAGGCGGCGAUCCGGACACAAUGGACUUUGUAGCGUACAUAGCAAAAGAUCCGAUCCAUGGGCGUGCUUGUCAUGUUUUAGAGUGUGGAGGGGGACUUGCUCAAGAUGUUAUAACUACUAUAGGACAGGCCUUCGAGUUGAGAUUUAAAGAAUUUCUGAAAAAUCAAGCCAAACCAAUAGAGUUACCUGACAGAGUUGAAAAUCCAGUAUUUGGCAAUGAAGCUCAAUCUAUGUGGGGCUCACAAUGGGGUGAUGAUCCUGACUAUUACAAUGACAGACCUGGGGCACAGCCACCAGAGGCAUCGGCUGUUCCAUCUAUCCCCCCACUACCAGAGUAUUCUGCACCAACCAGUAAUCUACAGAAAAGUGAUGGCAUAUACUCAUCUGUGAAACAUAAGGAGUCUCCUAUAUAUGACAAUAAAGAUGGCAGUGUGGGCAUCCUAGUUGAUCUAGGCAGUGAGAUUGGCAGCACCAAAGAUUUUGAAUCUGAAAUAACUACACAUACAAAUGGAGCAGUUGGCAUUACCAUGUAUGACAACCCCAAAGCAUCUUCAAUAGAAGAUAAUGAUUUUAAUCCAAGAUUUGAUGACCCAGUGUAUGAUAAUAAAGACAAGUUAGGAGGGGCCAAUGGUCAGCUGGAUCCAUUUGAUAUGGAACCAUUUAGCAGUAACCUGCCCACAGGUGGCGCAGUAGAGGCAGCAAGUGGCAGUAGUAUUGGCACUGUACCCAAACAAGCAAAGAAGGACAACACACCAUACCAUGAAGAAUGGUUCCAUGGUAAACUAACACGAAAACAGACUGAAGAGCUCCUGCACCAUGAAGGCGAUUUCCUGGUACGUGAGAGCUCCAACUCUCCUGGACAGUAUGUACUCAGCGGGCGCAAGAACAACAAGACAAAGCACCUUCUAUUGGUUGAUCCUCAAGGAGUGGUGCGUACCAAGGACCGUACAUUUGACAGUGUGAGCCACUUAGUGUGCUACCACAUGGACAAUAACUUACCAAUCAUGUCACAAGACACAGAACUUCAACUGCGAAAUCCAAUAGUAGCAUCCGACAUAUAA